AUGCCUCGUGGUACAGAGACGGCUGCGGCUGACCACAGCACAAGUCCGCAUGAAUUCAAAGUACCACCGAGCUCGGACUCUCUCCUUUCAGAUGCAUCCAUUUCGCCGGCUGCCCCGUUUGAUCCUUCCCUCCCCUCCUCCGUGUUCGGCCCCGAGGCCGAGGCGCCGUUCACGCCAUCAGGCCUACUCGGCUCUCAUGUCAAACAAAAUGUCUCAUGGGAUGCGUCGCAUGAGCCUCUGACGAUUGACCUGAACCGUGUGUCAUCGCUCACACUUAGCACGCCCCAUUCUCGAAGCAGCCACGCCGAACUCCCAACACAAUCUCCCGAGAAACAACCGGCUUUACUGCCGUCCUAUGAUUCUGUAUAUACGACGCCCUUUACGGACUCACCUAUUCCGCAAACGCCAUCGGCGCCUCAACGACUCAACUCUACUCAGUCUUCGCAUGCGUCGUCCACGGAUGAUCUUGGCCAAGCAUUCGACAUACCACCGCAGGCCUCGCCUGCCGCAGCUCCAUUGCCAGCUCCCAUGACACCUAGGAUCCAGUCGGAUCCGGCCAUGAGACACGCCGCGUCCGUGUCGACCAGCUCGUGUGCCUCUGUUGCCACGCCCGAGUUCAAUCUGCCUGUACAGCCACGCUUCAGUAUGCCGGACAUAUAUUCGCCCCCGUGUGGCACGCCGGAUCGAGGCAUAUCGGUGCCUCAACAACACCUGGCUUUCGAAUCGAGUCCUACACCGCGCAAGUCGUCCACCAUACCGAUCUACAUGGACCAACCGCCCUUGCCCUUGCCUCCGCCGAUGCCACUCCAUGAUAUGACCGAUGCAUCUUUGGUGCAUCCUGCAUUCACAUCGCCUCUUUCGUCGUCUGUGGCACCUUCCCCCGCCCUUGGCCCCGUACCAGGCCACUUUCCUGGCCCGCCUACCACCCCCGGUCCCCACCUGCUGGACGACCCUUUUGUUCCGACGCCGUACUAUUCCCCCAUGCCACAUCCUGAAAUACCUUCGAUGCCGAUAGAGGCAGGUCCACCACCGUCACUUCCGGUCAUGUCGCGCGUAUUCUCUGCGCCCAUGCCAUCUACUAUGGUCCAAGAGCCGACGCAGCCGUCUGUACCAUUCACACCGGUCCAGCGUCGACCAUCAGUACCCGCAUCUCCUGUGCCGGCUAGCAGUUAUAGCUUGCCCGUGAACCAUGCAUCCAUGGCUCGCAAGUGCUAUACGCCGUAUUCCAAGACCCCAAAUCCGGCACCGUCAUGGACGUACCAGGAUGCCGAUUAUAUGUCCUCGCCGAUGACAGCGUCCAAAAGCAUGGGGUGCCUUGCCUCACCUCUUCCUGCAUCUCCGGCCACGCCAAGUGGUCUGCCAAGGCGCGGCUCACGAAUGUCACACAGUAUUAGUAUGCCUGGUGACCAUAUAUCGGCGCUACUCGAUUUUGAAGGACCAAGCCCCACGCGCAUGCGUGGACGGUCGUCUGGACCGCCGCCCUUGGUGGUGAGCUCAGCUGACAAGCUGCAUGCUUGUCACUGUGGCCGGCGUUUCAAGCGUCUCGAGCACUUAAAGCGUCACAUGCGGACCCAUACUCAAGAGCGUCCUCAUAAAUGCCCCAUUGCCUCUUGCGGGAAGAGUUUCGGCCGGACCGACAAUCUAUCGCAGCAUCUCAAGACCCAUUUCCGACCAGCUGGUCUGGGAGGACGGACCAAUGAACUGGUCCAUACAAAGGACGAGGUGCCCCGGGCUACCAAUACACGCAACGAUCCCUUUGCAGCAGCGGCGGCGGCGGCCGCUGCAGCGGCCGCAGUCCAUGGACAAGCGCAUAUGCACAUGGUGCCACCAGAGCAUGCCCCCAUCCAUCCAGAGGGAUAA